CGCUCGGCUUUACGUAGAGGACGCACUACGGAGGCCGAGCAGGAGAGAAAUGUGGGCGCGGGCUGUGUGGCUGGGCCUUCGGGCCUCGGCGGGCGCGUUCCGGGGCUUCACCUCCAAGGCGGAUCUUCAGGGAAGUGGCCGGAUUACGGCCGAGCUGGUGGAACAUUUGGAGCGACUAGCGCUUGUGGACUUCGGCAACCAAGAGGCCGUGGCGCGGCUGGAGAAAGCCAUUGCCUUCGCCGACCGGCUCCGCGACGUGGACACGGACGGGGUGGAGCCCAUGGACUCAGUCCUGGAGGACAGAUGUCUGUACCUGAGAUCCGACAAUGUGGUAGAAGGCAACUGUGCUGAAGAACUACUACAAAACUCCCAUCGAGUUGUGGAGGAGUAUUUUGUGGCCCCCCCAGGUAAUAUCUCUUGGUCAAAGCUGGAUGAAAAAGAGCCCUUCUCAUUCCGCUGAGUACUCUUCUGGGAAGGAGUGUUCUAUGAACAUGUGGAAGGACAACAACAGUAUUUUGUUAUUAUGAACGCAAAUAUUCCCACUUCCUUCAGUCACCUGGAAAAAAAAUUGAUGGUUAGGCAUUUUUUAGUAAAUGACUCUUCUGAAGACCGACUUGGGAAAGAUCUAGCCAAAGAGUUCCUGAUGCUAGUGGAAGUAGAAGGUAUUGCCGAUUUCCGAGGAAAUGGAUCAAGUAUUUACUCACAGGCCAUUAAGUAUGGACAGCUUGAUCCCUUCCCUCAAAAGACUGUCUACCAAGCUGUACUUAAAGUGACCUUUUUUGUUUAUGUAACUGUUAGACACUGCAUCUGAUCACUGUGUUGACAGCCUGAGCUAUCCUUUUCAGACUGUCAACUUGAGCAGCCUUUUACUUUUACUGAACAUACUUAAAUUUGUUCCAGGGUACCCACCUUCUUCCAAGCAGAGGGCUGACUUUCUGCUGAGGUUAAAGGAGUAGGGGGGCAGCUUUAGGAGGUAGGUGAUAGAUAUGUAUAUAGCCUUCAUGGUUGUGAUUUCAUACCUGUAUACUUAACCCCAAACUCAUUGAAUUGUAUACAUUAAAUAAGUACAGCAUUUUACAGAUAA